AUGGUAAUAUUAAUCAUUUUGCAGAAUUUGAAUGCCGAAUACGGCGAUGGAAACAGCGUUGAACCACAAGUAGGACAAGUUUCACGGCUUUUCCCGAAUCCAAACUAUUCAUCACCACCGCAAACCAGUCCACUUCCACGACGAAUUAUGGCUGAUGGAGCACCUCGUCGAAAUCUUCCAGAGCUACCAACAACAAUUUCUCAGUCUUCACCCGUCAGUACUGCUGAUGAUGCGUUAACUAAACGUUUAGCAGAAAUCAAAAGGUUGUCGGGCCGAAUCACUAUCAUGAAAACUGUGUAUGAAACAACAAAGGAAAGUUUGAAAAGAAUAGGAGAGCUGGGUUCCGGUACUUGUGGUGUUGUAUACAAAGCCCGAUUCGAACAAACCGGAACGAUUAUGGCCGUUAAGCAAAUGGUCAUGACAUCGGUAGCGGAAGAGAACAAACGUGUCCUGAUGGAUCUAGAAGUGGUACUUCGCUCACACGAUUGUCCGCAUAUUGUACGUUGUUAUGGAUGCUUUAUUACUGACUUUGAAGUACUUAUUUGCAUGGAAUUAAUGGCAACAUGUCUGGACAAACUUUCCAAACGUGUGCAGGGUGGUUUUCCGGAAGAUAUUCUUGGCAAAAUGGCUGUUUCAAUCAUAAAGGCUUUAGAUUAUUUAAAAGUUACUCAGAAUAUUAUUCAUCGUGAUGUAAAACCAUCGAAUAUUUUGCUCGAUUUGAAUGGGACAGUUAAAUUAUGUGAUUUUGGAAUUGCUGGACGUUUAGUUGAUUCAAUGGCUCGAACACGUACCGCUGGUUGUUCUGCUUAUAUGUCGCCCGAACGCCUCGAAGCACAAGACGAAUAUGAUGUUCGAGCUGAUGUUUGGAGUAUUGGAAUUUCAUUGGUCGAACUUGCCAAAGGUGAAUAUCCCUAUCAUGGUUGUAAUAGUGAAUUUGAAGUACUUUCACGAAUUGUUUCUGAUCCAGCACCGGUGCUGCAGCCCGAAGAAGGGUUUUCUCCAUUAUUCUGUGAUUUUCUUCGUCUCUGCCUUACGAAGAAUUAUCACUUUCGACCAAAGUAUAAGGAGCUUUUGCAGCAUGAAUGGGUAGUACUUUAUGAAACUGCGAGGGUGGAUGUUGCUGGUUGGUAUCAAAGAAUCGUCCAGAGUCGACAAUGAGUUUCUGUUGUGCAUUAUCAUAGAUCAAAAUCCAGGGAAAUCCUUCCAGAAAGCUUGAAGUCAUUGUGACGAUUUUUAAAAGUGUUGAUUUAGAGUCAUCCUUUGGACAAGAAUGUUAAAUGUAAAAUACCAUAACUCCAUUUUAUUACUGC